GCCCAACUGCCCAAGUGUCCUGCGCUCCUGCUUGCUGCUAAACACUCGGACCACUCAGACAGAAGUUACGCCUCUGCGCGAGUGCAAAGCUGCAACGGCAAGUCGGCAACCGACCGACGGUCCGUUGAGGUGUUGUUUGCUUAAAUUAGGACACUUUGGUGGUGAAUAUGAUUAUUAACCCGAAGAGCAUUUGGUUUUUAUUCAAAGAGCUCCACAUGAAUCAGAUGAAAGGGUUGACUUUUAAAGGCCGAUGCUUUUACUCUUUAUCUGUAUUUCAAAAUCUCGAAACAACCUCUCAAAAAGCAUCUGUCUCCUCAAUAGAAACCUCUUCCAACACAAACGAACCACCAAAGAUCAAGAAACAGAAAUUUAUAUCACAUGAAGUGGCAAUUAGAUUAAUAAAGCGUGAGAAGGAUCCACAAAAUGCACUGGAAAUAUUCAACAUGGUUUCUGAUCAAAGGGGGUUUAAUCACAACAAUUCCACUUAUGCCAUUAUCCUCCACAAAUUUGCUUCUUGCAAAAGAUUUGAGAUGGUCCAUGCUGUUCUUCAUCAGAUGUCCUAUGAGACCUGCAAAUUCCAUGAAGGUAUAUUCAUUAACCUCAUGAAGCAUUUCUCCAAGUUCUCUCUUCAUGAAAAAGUACUUGAGAUGUUUAAUUUCAUUGAACCAAUCGUACGUCAAAAACCAUCUCUUAAAGCCGUAAGCACAUGCUUGAAUCUCUUGGUGGAAGCCAACGAGAUUGAUAUGGCAAAGGAAUUUCUAAUACAUGCUCAAGAAAAACUCCAUUUAGAGCCGAACACAUGCAUUUUCAACAUACUGGUGAAGCAUCAUUGCAGAAAUGCAGAUCUUGAGGCAGCCUUUGAAGUGGUUAAAGAGAUGAGGAAGUCAGGAGUGUCUUACCCUAACCUCAUCACAUACUCAACACUCCUGGACGGACUCUGCCGUUGUGGAAGAUUGCAAGAGGCAAUUGACUUGUUUGAAGAAAUGGUCUCGAAAGAUCAAAUAGUGCCCGAUGCUUUGACUUACAAUAUCCUGAUAAAAUGGGUUUCUCAAGGAGGGGAUGUGGAUAAAGGUAGGAGAAUAUUGGAUUUCAUGAGGAAAAACGGGUGCCAACCCAAUGCCAUUAACUAUACAACCUUGAUGCAUGUUUAUUGUGAGCAAGGAAGGUUAGAAGAGUCCGAGACACUUUUUAGUGAAAUGAUGGGAUGUUUUGGUGAUAAAGUUGAUAUGGUCGGUUAUACGGUAUUUAUAAACUGCUUGUGUAAAAGUGGUAGAGUUGAUGAAGCCAUAAAGGUUCUCGGGAAGAUGAAAGAAAACAGUUGUAUGUCUGAUGAUGUGGCUGUUAGGGUUAUACUUACAGCUCUGUGCAGUGAUAGAAGGCAUGAUGAAGCCUUAUAUUUACUUCAGAGGUUAUCUAAGGAAGGGGUAUACCUUAACAAGGAAUGUUACCGGAUUGUGUUAAAUGUGUUGUGCUAUGAAGGUGAACUGGACAAGGCUAUGGAGUUGUUGGGUAUGAUGCUGGGGAAGGGGUUUUGGCCCCAUCACGCCACUUCAAAUGAAUUGUUGGUCCGUUUCUGCAAAGCUGGAAAAGUUAUUGAUGCGGCGAUUUCAUUGUUUGGACUGGUGAACGUGGGGUUCAAGCCGGACCCUCAUACUUGGGGCCUAUUAAUAGACUUGAACUGCAGAGAGAGAAGGCUUUUGCCUGCAUUUCAACUGCUUGAUGAGUUGUGUUAUCAGUAGAGAGGAAUUGCACUUGUAAAAUUUCUUCAUCUUGAACAUUUGGUAAGAAAUUGGCUGAGAGCAUUGUGAAUGAGAAACUUGUUGCAUGUGUGAAUACCAGGCAUUGAAUCAGCUUAUGAGUGUGAAGGGCAUGUAUUGAUACACUUUGUGAAUAUACUUCAAUUCAUAAGCGAAUUACCUUCAAUUUGCGGUUUUGGGUUUUAAAAGUGAUUCAGAAGAGUUGCUUAUCAUCAAAACUAGGAAAUUUUUCUUGGAAGCUCUCACUGCUAAUGUCAAGGCUAACUAUGAGUAUGAGUAAGCCCUUUCUUCUAUAGUUCUCUUACCCUUUGUGAUCUCUAUACUGCGCAUCGGUAUGGAUCCCAUGGGCCAACUCUGCUGUGGGGUUACUCAAUGGAUGGAAUCCUGUCAAUAAAGCAUUAUGGUCAGAUAGAUGAAUGUGUAGCUUGAAAAUCUGGAGUUUGAUGGUGAUAUUAACCUCUGCUUGUUUAUGCAGUGUUCCUGAAAUGAUGGCUCCGUCCAUAGUUGGUGGUAACCCCUAAGCCCCAACCUGGAGUGGGUUAAGAACAGUACUAGGGAGAACUGGAGAAGUGAUUAUUUAACUUCUGCCAUUGAGCAACCAACUCCAAUACACUGGUUGCAAAUUUCUUAUGCAGUACUUUGAUCUCAUUAUUCCAAUAUCUCAUAAUGUUGUACAAGGAAUAUUGCUCUCUUUGAAGAUUUCAUUAAUUGAUGUAAAGUUUCUUUUGCUACAUUUCGCAAAAUGAGGUAAUAUUUGAAGGUUGAUUUCUUUGUUGUACAACUUGUUACAUGGAAUUAUUUCAGCUUCUAUAAGACCAAAUCACAUUUAAAUAGGUCAAAUCGGAGUAUAAGACUACGUACUCACAAUUUUUGCUUUGUCUAAAGUGAGUACAAUUUUC